UGCAGCAUUGAUGACGUUGUAGAGGGAAGAUAAACAUGGCGUCCGGACAGCAAUGGGUGUUGGUGGAAAUGGUUCAAGCAUUUUACGAGGCUCCUGCGUAUCACCUGAUCCUGGAGGGGAUCCUCAUACUGUGGAUCAUCAGACUUCUGUUCUCUAAGACCUACAAACUCCAUGAGACCUAUAAACUGACGGAGAAGGAGAAGGAGGACCUCAUUGAAGAGUGGCAGCCGGAGCCCCUCGUUCCUCCCGUUUCCAAAGACCAUCCCUCCCUCAAUUAUGAUGUUGUCACAGGACCUCCCAGCCACAAAAUCACAAUCAAUGGAAAAGAGUGCAUUAACUUUGCUUCAUUUAACUUCCUGGGUCUCCUGGACAAUGAGCGGGUUAAGCAAAAAGCUUUGGCAUCACUGAAGAAAUAUGGUGUGGGCACAUGUGGUCCCAGGGGCUUCUAUGGAACUUUUGAUGUUCACCUGGAGCUGGAGAGUCGUCUGGCUAAAUUCAUGAAAACAGAAGAGGCCAUCAUCUAUUCUUAUGGCUUUGCGACCAUUGCCAGUGCGAUCCCUGCCUACUCCAAGAGGGGGGACAUCAUCUUUGUGGACGAAGCGGCCUGCUUCUCCAUCCAGAAGGGUCUUCAAGCGUCCCGCAGCUUCAUCAAAUACUUCAAACACAACGACAUGGAAGAUCUGGAGAGGCUGCUCAAGGAGCAGGAGCUGGAGGACCAGAAGAAUCCUCGUAAAGCCAGAGUGACCCGGAAGUUCAUUGUCGUGGAGGGUCUGUACAUCAACACUGCAGACAUCUGUCCUCUGCCUGAACUGGUGAAGCUGAAGUACAAGUACAGGGUGCGGAUCUUUCUGGAGGAGAGCAUGUCUUUUGGUGUGCUGGGAGAACACGGCAGAGGAGUCACCGAGCACUUUGGGGUCAACAUCGAUGACAUUGACCUGAUCAGCGCCAACAUGGAGAACGCCGUGGCCUCCAUCGGAGGCUUCUGCUGCGGACGCUCCUUUGUCAUCGACCACCAGCGUCUGUCGGGUCAGGGCUACUGUUUCUCUGCCUCCCUGCCUCCCAUGCUGGCUGCUGCUGCCAUCGAGGCCCUCAACAUCAUGGAGGAGGAUCCAGACAUUUUCACCGUCCUGAGGGAAAAGUGCAAACACGUUUACAAGGCUUUACAGGGAAUACCAGGUCUCAAGUUAGUUGGAGAAGAGUUGGCCCCAGCUCUUCACUUACAGCUGGAGAGAAGUUCUGGCUCCAGAGACUCUGACACGCAGCUGCUCCGCACCAUCGUAGAAUAUUGUCUGGAGAGGCGCGUGGCUCUGACCCUCGCUCGCUACCUGGACAAAGAGGAGCGUUUCCUCCCCUCACCCAGCAUCAGAGUGGUGGUCACCGUGGAACAGACGGAGGAGGACAUCCAGAAGGCCGUGUCUUGUAUCCAGGAGGCGGCUUCAGCUGUCCUCAAAUGACGACGUAGUGCUGUCGCUGCUGAAACUUUAAUCAGCCGUCACUGGAGCUUUAGCAGGAGCCCACUCAGUGGACCGGGUGGGACGUCACUGUAAGGGGGGACACUCCGGACCACAGACUGUGAACCCAGCACACUGAACAUGUCCCCACCAGGACCUUCAUUGAUAAAUACGCCUUAUGUCAUGUAGCCUAGCUUCUGUUUGUCUCUUAAUUCUUUGCCUCUCUCCUUGUUCUCAUUCCCCAUGUGUCAUAAUCAUACUACAUGUACCACAUGUUGCAUAUUGUUCUGAAUGUAAGCGUAGGCCUUCAGCAGGAUGGUUUGCAGUUGACUUCCUGCUAUGAAAGAAAACUGUAGUGAGAAUUACACUUGAUCUCGACAGACCAAAUGACUUGUUGCUUUUUCUGUACUGACCAAAGAAGACACAUUUCUCAUUUUGUUUUAUUUAUAAUAUGUUUGCAGUCGACUAGUACAUGAACUGUACACAAGGGUAAUGAUUUUAUAUGCCACUGGUUGCUUUACCACAAAUGGACACUUGAGUUUUAAACCAGAUUUUUUUCCUAAUUUUCCUUUGAUAUUCAGUCGAUGUUACUUCUCUUUUGUUAGAGGUCAUGCAUUCUGACAACUUUACUUUUAUGAAAUGUAAAUACAUCUGAUUUAAAAUUAGUUUUGGUGUAAGGUGUUU